UUCUAUCGGCGAUUUUAUUUCUGCACGUUUUUCUUUAUCAAUCAAUUUCGGUAAUUUUUAUUUCGCGAAUUUGUGGAAUUUUGAUUGAUUUUCUGGUUAGUGCGUCAAGAAUAAGUAUAAAUAAUCCUUGAAUAACAACAAAUGAUCAAAAUGAGCGGCGUCAUGAGAUCUUCACUCAAAUUCUACCCGAGUUCAGGCUUUAUGAACUUAUUCAGACGAACCAUCAAGCCGGAGAAUACCCAACAGCGGCUAUACAGUACUCUAUGGAAUACAUGCCCAAAAUCUACAGCCAAUAUCGCACAUAGAUCUACCGCUGUGUGGAACAAAUGUAAUACUUCGCCGAAACUGUAUUCCACUAAAAGUGAAAAUGAGCUAGCCGAGUUUCUCGAACAAGAAAUAAGUGCCGAGCAAAAACUACAAAAAAAUAAGACCAUUCCGUCGAAAAUCGAUGACUUUGAUGUGAAAUUGAACGGUUCUGAAGUUACUUUGGUCAAAUCUAUUCCCGGAGAAACCAUCACGAUCAGGUUCAACAUCAAUGAUUCAGUGGACGCCUACGAUCCUAAUGAAGGUAUCGAUGGUGAUGAAGCUGAUGAAAACCGCGUUGCCUCAAUUUCGUCGAAACCAGAAUUUAGUAUAGCUAUCAAGAGGGGCGAUACUACCCUAGAAUUUAUUUGUAAUUAUUCUGCAGAUGAAGUGGGUCCCGAUGAUGAUGAAGAAAUGGGCGGCGAUGUAUUUGUUAUCGAAGAAGUCAGUUCUUACAAAGGAGAAGCGAAGGAGACCAAUUAUAGAGUUUCUGGAGGCAUCCUUGAUGGGUACUUGUACGAUUUACUAAUGAAUUACUUGGAUGAGAAAGGUAUUACAAAUGAAUUCGUAAUGAAUGUAUCGCAACUCAGCACAGCUUACGAACAUAGCUCUUACAUCAGUUUAUUGAGGGAUUUGAAAAGUUUUACUUCCAAGUAAAUUGUAAUUAAGGUUAAAGUUACUAGAUUGUGCUAGAAAGAUUGUAUGUUUUUUGUAUUCAUUAUGCUAAUAUAAAAUGCUAAGUGUA